UGACCGGUUAGUAGUUGAUAAGAAAACAUCGGAAGUGAAAAGUUUUGUUAAACGUUAUGCACAGAGGAUAAAUCGCAAAACGGAGCGCAAUGACGUCAAAAUCAAAGUAGAAGCCUCACACGAGCGAGCAACGAGGCCGCAACGGGAAUUCAGCCUGACCUACGAAAGGACGGAACCUGGAAGCUUCGGUGAUACUGAACAAGCUUCUUCGGAUAUUGAGCUGAAUCAGGAAAACUUUGGGGGUAAAUUAUGGAAAAUUGUUAACUAUGCCAUAGGGUCACCAACUAUUAGCAACGAGAUAGCUGAGAUGGAAGCCGGAGAAAGCGAUGCGGCAAAUUUUGAUGUAACCCUAGAAAAACCCCACUUAGAUCAAAUAAAGAAUGAGACCAAGAAGCUUCGGGGCAAUAAAACCACCGGUAAAGAUGUCCUGCCGAGUAAACUAUUCAAACAUGGAGUGACUGCUCUAUCCGAAGGUCUACACAUGAUCAUCACCAAAAUUUGGCAGGAGCAGACGCUAUCACAGGAGUGGAUUGAGAAUGAGGUUCGUGAUCGUCGAAUUUGCAAGAAAAUAGACACGUCGUCUUCGGUUUGCUGUACCUACAGUGCAACUGUUCUGCUGAACGCCGCCCAUCGGGUGCUCUCCGGGAUUCUUUUCUUCCGUUUGACACCCAUAGCGAACGAUUUCAAAGGAAAAUAUCGAGCGGAUACCUCUACGGAAGCGAUAUUCACACUUCAACAAGUUCUACAAAAGUGCCGUGAAUUUAAUGUACCAACACACCACCUAUUUAUGGAUUUGAGCGAUGCGCUCAAUACGGUUGACCGAGAUCAACUGUGGCAGAUUAUGGACGAAUACCGUCUACCGACCAAAUUGACACGACUGAUUAAGGCUACCACGGAAAGCUUGAUGUAUCACGAAGUCACCUCGAAUAGCUCAAAGCCCAAGAAUGGACUACGACAUGGCUGUGAACUAUCCAGAUUACUAUUCAUCAUCGCCAUCGAAGGUAUCGUACGGAGAGCGAAGGUAGAAACGGAAGGCACAAUCUUCCAGAAAAAAAAGGUCCAGCUUAUCAGUUUUAACGACAACAUGGAUCUUAUUGCACGAAGCGUUGAGGAGUUGGAAAAUACGUACGCAGCGUUAAAAACGGAAGCAAAGCGGUUGGGUUUGGUUUUUCAUUCAGAUAAGGUCAAGUAUAUGAGAGCCACAGGCUCGAAAAAUGAUAGUUUAGCUAGCAGUUCUCGGAUAUCACUAAGUGGCGAUGCAUUUGAGGUGGUUGACGAGUAUCUAUUCUUGGACUCGUUGGUAACCGUCGGCAAUGACACAACAAAAGAGAUCGAACGCCGGAUAUUAAAAGGAGACGGUGCUUACAAUGAACAUCUAAGCACACUUGAGUCCACUAGAAAGAGCAACGAAUCGAAGUUAAAAAUCUACAAGACGAGUAUCAGACCAUUUGUCCUCGGUGGUCACGAGACCUGGACCAUGAACGCGAAGGAUCAAACCAAACUAGGUGAGUUUGAACGCAAGGUAUUGAAAACGAUCUAUAACACAUCACCGCAGAAAGACAAUGAAAAGAAGCUUAACCCAGCGAACCGCGAACUGCAUGCGCUGCUGGGAGAAGCAUCCAUUGUACAGAAAGCGAAAGUUGACAGACUACGGUGGGCAGGGAACGUCAUUAGGAAACCACAUGACAGCCCGGUCCGAAUGGUUCUGGAAAGUGAUCCGGAAGGAAGGAGAAAUCGAGGAAGACCACGAGCAAGAUGGCUCAAUUGCGUUGAAGACGAUCUGGAGAUUAUAAAGGAUUCCCGAAAUGUGUGGGAACUGGCCAAGGAUCCCGUGAAAUGGCAACAGCUUCUUGACACGGCAAACGUCCCAGGGACCUUAACUUGAUCCGUUUGGAACAUGGAAUAUGUAUUAACGGUUCUAAUUCGUUCGAACCUUGUCCAACGUUAUCCAGUUCGUUGCUUCUGUUGCUACUUUUCCUCAUUGUAGUAAGGGUUGUGUUGGCGAGUACAUAUUUAGUACUAACCUUAAACAAGGUGUCGAACGAUACUAAUGGUCUUUCGCUACGAAAAUGGAACUAAUCUCCGAGUGAACCUGGAGUGCAAUGGAGGACGCAGAUGCCACCCAGGAUGUUUUGUAUCAUUAUUUACUAGCAUUUAGAUUGGUUUAAGAAACUAUGACGAAACUGAAAAACGAUUUAAAGGACAAUCAAUGCGAUGAUCCGUCCUGGAAGCAGAUUCAUGGACCGUUUCUGUACUUGCAUUGUGCAUUGUAACCAUCAGUACUAUUCGGUUGGUUCAAGUUAGCUGCUAAACCUGUUGUACGCAACGCAAGCACCUACUUCAACCCUCUUGAGUGAAUAGUUACCGUACUCCAACAAGUGUAUCUACAAUGAUCAACCAAUGGAUACCAUCAUCAAGGAUACUAGUGUCAACAUCAAAUAGAGAGGAGUGUUCCAGCCGAAUGAGUAUCACUCGAGAAAGGAAAACACCAAUUCUUUCAUUCAGCAGAAACCUGCACCCCCGCAACAACAUCAUUUCCAGGCCCGGCAACAGCAGUAACAUCCGCCACAACAAUUGGAAUAUAACUAUCGGCACUUCAUGGCUAAUUCAGUAACAACACACCCAAUACCUAUAUGCAUAUCAAUAUAUCAAGCGUCGAAUCCAUGUUAAAACAUUGAUUGAGAUUUGUACAACAAGUGCUUUGUAGUGCAAACUGUACUCCGUGAUGCCGUAGCCAAAUCAUGAACCAUCGUUCGACAGAUUGAGAGCGCUCUGGAGAAACAAUGUGCGCCAAAAGCCGUAAGACGGUUCCGGAACAAGCAAAUAGUACAUGUAAGAAGAAGUUGUACAAUGCCGUUAAGAAACGAUACGAUAAAUAGCACUUUAUGGGAAGGUUGUUUCGGGUUGUGUAGAUAUAGUAAUAACUAAAAAUAGUGAUGAUCCAUAG